AGCGAUUGCGCUUGAGAAUCUUUACGAGGAGCAGCCGCAGCCUCCCCUGCGUCAGAUGUCUGUGUCCCUGUGCGACUUGUUCAGUCAGCUCUGCGAAGAGCUUGUUCCUUCCGUCAGUUCACAGUGGGAUCUUGCAGUAAUUGCUCCAUCGAAUAGGAUGCGAGGUCGUUUUCAGGCAAUACGCGAAGAUCACAACAGGAGGAAUAGAUACGUUGCCGAUCUCGAUCACUACAAGAACAAGCUCCUGCGGUGUGAGGCAGAGCAGCACAAGAACAAUUCGGCCAAGAACCAGGAGAAGGUGAAGGAGACAGAGGCGAAGUUGCAGGCGGCGGAUGUUCGGUACCAACAGAUUAACAAGAACUUGACGUCUCGGUUAAAGAUUGCGGAAGAGCACAAGAAUGCAAUGGUAGACGAGGCCUUGCUAUCCAUGGUUUCCCUCCUGCGGACGAUCCAUGAGCAGACUGCAACCCGACUUGCUGCCCUGGACCAGCUCUCGGACAACGAACAAUCACGGCAAGCGGCGAGGAUGAGCAGGCAAACGCUGGCUAGACUGGAUCGGGAGACGCAAAUGGAACAGGGAGUGUCAGGGAAGUCUCCAGAAGAGCCAGUGAGCCCUAGUCGGGGGAGAUGGUCGGACUCGAUGCUGCCUCCUCCUCACCAUCCUGAUCACAACAACUCCAACAUCAUCGCUGUCGACAUGUCUAAACUCUCCGUACAAUCCCAGCCAAUGUCACCGAGGCCUCUCAGCACUAUCGUCGUUAGGGCGCUGUAUGACUAUGAUGCAACAGCUGAUACAGAGCUGGACUUGAGGUAUGGCGAUCUUGUCACGGUGCUGAAGCAGGACAGGAGUGGAUGGUGGCAGGGCGAGGUCGAUGGGAGGAUUGGAUGGUUUCCAUUCAAUUACGUGCAGGUGUUACCAUAACUCGGGGAGAUGUUCGUCUGCUAUUUGUUUUGAGUAGAGGUCCCUGUAAUGUUAUGAUGUAAGGCUUGUACGAGCACUCUCGGUCUGACUUUCUUUAAUGGUAAUUCCUGUACGAUUCUCUUAUCAUGGUAUUUGUUCUCUUGAAGACAAUCUCUCAAUGAGUUC